AUGGCUGAGAGCUUCAAUGACUUUGUUGCCGGUUGGGUUGGAGGUGCAGCAGGCAUCAUUGUCGGUAGUCCUCUCGAUGUAUUGAAGGCUCGUCUGCAAGCACCCAGAUCCACAGCUACAAUGAAUAAUGAGGCACCACCUAGUGCAUGGCAAACAUUGACGCGCCUUGUCCGAUAUGAAGGAAUCAAUUCGCUCUUCAAAGGUGUUUUGGCGCCUGUGGUGGGAUUGGCAGGCUUGAACGCAAUUCUGUUUGUGUCAUAUGGCAGCUUGCUUCGAGUAUUUGAGCGGCAGCAUCAUCAGCAGCAGCAAGAGCAUCAGCAGCAGCAUCAUCAACAUUAUGCAGGAGGAGGAGGAGGAUUCACAGGAGAAAAAGAGCCCUUCAUGCCUAGUCUGGCACAGAUAUAUAUCGCAGGAUGCGGCGCUGGUAUCGCAUGUUUCUUCUUUUCCACCCCUACCGAACUUGUCAAGAUUCAAGCUCAAGUCUCACGCAUUCCAAAGUCUUCGUGGGAAGUGUCAAAGGAGAUAUUUGCAAGGAGCGGUCUGCGAGGCUUCUAUCAAGGUGGAUGGAUUACUGUUAUUCGUGAUGCUCCAAGCUAUGGUAUUUACUUUUGGGUCUACGAGGGAAUGAAACGUAUCCUUGAGCUCGAUCAAUCACAAAACUCCAGUGACAGUUCAAAUGCAUGGAAACUCCUUGUCGCAGGGGGAAUGGCAGGGGCUGUGUCAUGGUCAUCCAUAUAUCCUAUUGAUGUUAUCAAAUCAAGGCUUCAGAUGCAAGUGGUGUCAUCAUCUUCAUCGUCGUCAUCUUCUUUAUCAUCAUCAUCGGCAACAAAUCGAGCAAUGCCUUCAAUAGCCAAUGUUACAGAAUCGACAAUACAUCAAUCUCGGCUAGUGAGACAAUAUCAUGGUUCCCAAGCAACUACCCAAAACGGCAGUGUAACCCAAUCGACCGGCAGCAUCAACAACACAGCACAACUAUCGGAGGCGGCAUUGCUAACAGGACGAUCGGAGCGACCUUACACUUCCAUCAAAGAUUGUAUCAUUCGUUCUUAUCGAGCUGAAGGCCCUUCUGUCUUUGUCCGUGGUCUCUUGCCAACCAUCGUUCGAGGUUUCCCUGUCAACGCAGUCACCUUUUAUGUCUAUGAAGUAGUCAUGGAGAUGUUGAGUAGAAAUUAA